AUGGUCACCGUCGGCCUCGGCGACGGCAAGAAACUCAGUCUCGCAGACGGCAACUUUCCCUCGGUCGCUUUGUGGAAUGAAGAAGGACAACGAAUGGGACAGUAUCAAGGCCAUUACGCAGGCCACGUAAAGCAAGGGGGCGAAAAUACGGUGGUGAUCCGACAGACCAUGAACGGCAGGAAAGACGAGGACCCAGGAUACAUUAUGCUAAGCGCGGACAACGACGCCAUCUGCAUCGCAAUGAUUCAAGUUUCGAAUAGCAGACACACCUCAGCCUUUUUCGGAGAUACCGGCUACGCCUGCGGGCAGAGCUGGUAUUUCAGUGAUCGCAAGAUGACGCACGACCUCGUCAACCGCCUGACCUCGAGAUGCGUCUGGCUGGAUUCCGAUCACAGCGGCACGAAAAAUGCGCGGGCGAUGAGCUACCAUCUCAAGGACAUGUUGCCCGCGAAAGACAAGAUCGCACUGUACAACCGGGAUGGACACAAAUACCUCUGCACGACUCGGCGAUUUGCCUGGUGGAGAAAUUUGAAGCCAAAUGGCUGGAUUCCGUUCUACAAGCCCCCGCUGGAUUACUACCCGGACAGUGAGGACAAGAAAAAGGAAGGAGCCGACAUCAAUCCAGACUUGAUCCUUGAUGACAAGGUGUACGACAAGGACAUAUACAUAGAGCAGGGAGAGUCGAGGAAGGUGAGGGAAUAUCACGAAAACAAUCCCUUCGCGCGAGCGAAGAAGCGGCGGGACAAGAAGUCUUUGAGGAAAAGGUUGGGGGCAAAUAUGGACCUGGAGCGGAUCGUGGUGACUGAAAUUCCGGGACAGACGGCAACAGAGAUCUGCGAGCACCCAAAUUCGGUAGGGUAUGACAUCGCGUCUUAUGUUGACAUGAAAUACUGCGAUAUCUCAGAGAAGAAGUUGUAUGAUCUUUGCAGCGGUACUAUCAAAACCAACUGUUUUGAUGGCAAUAGUACGACCUUCGUGGGGGUUAUCAACGCACGCGGCGAGAAUGCUGCACCGGCGAAGUCUUACAAGACCAGGAGCGAUUGGAAAUGA